UUAUGACUAUUCCUCCAUGGAUGAAAUGGAGGAGCUAGUCGUUCCCAACGGGGAAGUGGGAGAAGGCAAUGGAGAACAAGUGGAGCUCACUGUCGAUGAGAUCAUUGAACAACACGUGGGGUCAUUUGGGUUCUCGCAGCUAGUACAUGUAUUCUUGGUCUCGCUUGCAUGGAUAUUUGACUCGCAGAACACACUGAUCACCAUAUUUAGUGAUGCCCAGCCUCCAUGGAGGUGCAAGGGGUCUUUGUGCUCUUCGGCUUCUUCAGCCUCGAUGUGUGAGCUUGACCGGCGUGCUUGGGAGUGGGUCGGAGGUAAUAAGAGCUCUACAAUAGCAGAGUGGGGGCUCAUAUGUGACAAGAAGUUCAGAGCUGGGAUUCCAGCAUCCUUGUUCUUCAUCGGUUCCCUCUUCGGAUCUGCAGCUCACGGCCGACUGGCUGACUCCUACAUUGGUCGGAAGAAGACAGUCCUCCUCUCAUGCCUCCUGACCUCCAUCACUGCCUUUCUCACCUCCCAAUCACCAAACAUAUGGGUCUAUGCUUUCCUUCGCUUCUCCAAUGGAUUUGCUCGAUCAGGCAUUGGCAUUUGCUGCCUGGUCCUCUCCACAGAAUCUGUCGGACGGAAGUGGCGAGGCCAAGUCGGCCAGUAUGGCUUCUUUUUCUUCACCAUCGGCUUCCUCUCCCUUCCACUGAUUGCCUAUCCUGCAAAGACCCAAUGGAGGAACAUAUACAAAGCUAUCUCCCUUCUACCCCUUGCUUACUCACUUUUGAUCCUUCCCCUCAUCUCAGAGUCUCCAAGGUGGCUUGCAGUCAAAGGCAGAACAGAAGAAGCACUCGACGUCCUCACUAAGUUUGCGAAACUCAAUGGAAGGAAGUUACCACAGAAUAUAUCAAUCUCUAGCCCCAUUGAUGCUAAAACUAGCAAUGUUGAAAGAAAUGAAAGCUUAUGGUCGGCAAGAUGGGCAAUUAAAAGGAUAGCUACUGCCAUGAUGGCUGGAUUUGGAGUCGGAUUCGUAUACUAUGGUGUCCAGCUCAAUGUUGAGAACCUUAACUUCAAUCUUUACUUCACCGUUGCAGUGAAUGCAUUGAUGGAGAUUCCUGCAGUCCUUUUAGGCAGUGUGCUUCUGAGCUUCACAGACCGCCGAAUUCUUUUCUCUUUAUCAGCUUACAUAGCAGGCAUUUCAUGCAUUCUUUGUGUUCUUUUCAACAAGGAGGCAAAAUCAAAAGGAAGUUGGUCUCAGCUGACAGUGGAAGCAAUUGGGUUCAUGGCAGCUUCCAUGGCUUUUGAUGUUUUGUAUGUAUAUUGUGUAGAGCUGUUUCCUACCAAUGUGAGGAACUUUGCUGUUUCAAUGCUGCGCCAGGCACUGAUGCUGGGAGCAGCAAUAGCACCCCAGUUGGUGGUUUUAGGCCGCUUAAGCCCGUCAAUCUCAUUCCUUAUCUUUGGAAGCUUUGCUAUUUUCAGUGGGCUUCUCACGUUCUGGUUGCCAGAGACAAGGAAUGCUCCUCUGUAUGAGACCUUGGAGCAGCAGGAGAAAGAGGAGAAGCUGAGCUCUAGUCCUGCGAGAGAAAUGGAAUUAGUGGAGUAGCAACAGAAGUUGCCUAAAACCUUUUCAUGUUCAUUGAAGGGACAAAGGAACUUCAUUGUAUAUAGCUCAUAUAAUCUGAAGUGUGAUAUAUAAUAUCCUAAGUAAAUUAGUUUG